UGACGCCGUUGUUUGGCUGUUAUGCCGACAUCACGACAUUUGACCCAAAGGUAUCGACGGGUGGUUGGAGUGCAUUUAUGGUUUUCGACUUUACGAUCUUCUUUCUUACACUUGUCCGUGCCCUGAGAACAGCUAAGUAUGAGCGCACGCCUCUGCUGAGGAUUCUCAUUGUUGAUGGUUUCAUCUACUACUGUGUCAUGCUUGUCAUCAGCAUCCUCGCGCUUACUUUUUCGAUCGCACUCGCGCCAAGAAGAGAGAUACUUCUUGUCAUGAUUCCGCCGAUAUUCAAGGCAUGUUAUUGUAUACUCGGAAGUCGAAUUGCUCUUCGUCUACGACAAUCUGUCGCACAGGAAGUCAUUGGCACUUGGAAGAAUGUUACACCUCAUGAAUCUAGAGACAGGGAAGACGUCGAGCUGUCUACGCUUAACGUCGCAAGCAGAAGCCAGGGGUCAGAGGCCUUAAGCUCUGGAGCAACGUACGCAUUCGAUGGCGGAGCCGUGAACAUGCCUUAA